GUCACCGUACGGCAGUGGUUGUCAUGGCAGCGAACGCCUCCGCCUGGUUACGGCCUGCUUCUUGCAGUAGCCUCCUGUUGUGACGCGGAAUACGGCGGCAGCAGCACCAUGUCUUACCGGGACCUGCGGAAUUUUACAGAAAUGAUGAGGGCCCUGGGAUACCCUCGUCUCAUCUCUAUGGAGAAUUUCCGCAGUCCCAACUUUCCACUGGUUGCAGAAGUUCUCAUUUGGUUAGUUAAAAGGUACGAGCCCCACACAGUUAUCCCCAUGGAUGUGGAUACAGAACAAGACAGAGUGUUCUUCAUUAAGGCCAUAGCCCAGUUUAUGGCCACCAAAGCCCACAUUAAACUGAACACAAAGAAACUGUACCAGGCAGAUGGAUACUCUGUAAAGGAGCUGCUGAAGGUAACCACGGUCUUGUACAACGCUAUGAAAACCAAAGGGAUUGACACUAUCCAGCCUGGGGAGGAAGACACAUCCACUUUCAAGUUUGACCUGGGAAACAAGAUCACAGACCUGAAGAUGGCCAGACAGCUUGCAUCUGAAAUCACCUCCAAAGGAGCAUCACUGUAUGAUAUCCUGGGCAAAGAGGCUGAUCUCCGAGAAAUUAGGACAGCUGCCAUUGCACGUCCCUUAGAAAUCAAUGAGACUGAGAAGGUGCUGAGGGUGUCCAUCAAAGAAGUCUUGGAGCAGUGUCAGAAAAUGAGAGACCUUCUGACUAAUGGCACCUCAGAUGAAGAGAACUUGGAGGCUAAAAUUGAGAAGCGCAAGAAGGAGCUUGAGAGGAAUCGGGCCAGACUGCAGACUCUACAGAGUGUCCGGCCUGCCUUCAUGGAUGAGUAUGAGAAGCUCGAGGAAGAGCUGCAAAAGCAGUAUGAGAUUUAUGUGGAGAAGUUUCGUAACCUCUGCUUUCUGGAACAUCAGCUGGAGGAUCAUCAUCGGGUGGAGCAAGAGCGAUUUGAGGAGGCAGAGAACACACUGAGGCAGAUGCAGAACAAGCUGAGAGAAGAGGGGAGCAGACUGCAAAAGGCAACAAGCAGCAGCGGAGAUUCAGACAGUGAGAUCCAUGAGGACGAGGGCUCUGAUGACAUGGAGGAUUAUGACAGACCAGGGAAGAUACCGAUGAGGAGAGGGAUAAUGUCUCAAGGAAGGGAAGCGCAUUUUGUGGGAACGAUGGUCGGUGGAGACAGUGACGAGGAGGGCCUGGAUGACAGUGAGAUGGAUGUUGAUGAUGAAGAUGAUGAUGAUGAAGAGGAGGAAGAUGAAGAGGAUGAGGUCAUUAGGACAAUGGUACCUAGAAAAGAGCUGGGCAGACCCAGCAGAAGAGCGCAACAAACCAAGUCAUUUGUAGAGCAUGACAGUGACUUCUAGAGAUGGCCGUCCCUGCAGCAGUGCCCAAAUCCAGGCCAACAAAAUGGCGGACUCCACAAAUUGGAGAUGAUAGGCGCACUUUAUUCUCAUGUCCGCCAUGCUUAUAUUUCCCCGGAUCUUUUGUGCUACAAACAGCAAUGGGCCUACAGAAGUCAGAAGAAGGAACGCAAUGAUGUGUUUCUAGUAGCCAGGCAGAGCCCUUCUUUUCUGAGCAAAUGACUUCUGCAAUCUGCCUGCUGAAGGUCAUUUUCCUGUCCAACUCCAAAGUGUUCGGCUCCCCGUUCUGUAAAUCCAUCUUUAUUAAAGUACAGCAGGUUUGUUAUUGCCUAGUUAUUUUGUUUACAGUAAAUAUCAUUGUGUGAUCUUUUCAUAUACACAUAUCAGUUAUAAUAAAUAAAAUACUUUUUUUAAAGUGUGUGUAAACCCCAA